CUCUUGGCCAUUACGUUAUGCUUACUCCACACACACUGGCAGCUGGAGAGAGGGAAGACGUAAUGGUUUGAUUCCCUGUGCACUUGCAAUGGUCGUCGUCCUGACAUUACUCGGCAGAUUCCUCGAACGGGAGGUGCAAUGAAGGCGGGGGCAUCGUCCAUGUGGGCGUCAUGCUGUGGGCUGCUGAACGAGGUGAUGGGUACGGGCACGGUGAGGGCGCAGCAGCCGGGGUUUGGAGCGGGGGCGGGGCCCUUCCGCUUUGCCCCCAGCGCUGGGUACUCCACCUACCCCCCCACCAGCUCAGGGAGCGCCGGGCAGCUGUGCAAGGCCUGUGGACUGGCCUUCUCCGUCUUCAGACGCAAGCACAUCUGCUGCGACUGUAAGAAGAGUUUCUGCGCCCUGUGCUCGGUGCUGCAGGAGAAUCUGCGCUGCUGCACGACCUGCCACCUGCUGCGAGGCACGGCCUUCCAGCGGCCUCGACUCAUGCAGCUCCGAGUGAAAGACCUGCGCCAGUACCUGCUGCUGCGCAACAUCCCCACCGACACCUGCAGGGAGAAGGAGGACCUGGUGGACCUGGUGCUCUGCCAUCAGGGGACGAGGGAGACCCCGACGGCGGUGGUGGAGGAGGACGAAGAGGAGGAGGAGGAGGAAGAGGAAGAGGAGGAGGAAGAAGAAGAAGGAGAGGACACGCAUGAGGAGGAGGAAGAGGAGGAGGAGGAGGAAGAGGACGGUGAAGGUGAAGGGGGAGAUGACACUGACAGUCUGCACUCGCUUCCCCACUCACGUGCCGCCUCGCCUCCUUCUGCGACGCGCUCCACCUCUGAACAGUCGGUCCUAUCCGCCUCUCAGGGAGACGUGCUCAGCCCAAGUGACAGCUCAGGGACCACCAGCCAGGAGCAUGAGGAUACUCCAACAGCGUCCCUCUUGAACCUGGAGCCCACGGAAAACAUCAUAGAGGUCAGCCCGGCGACUCAGAGGAGGAUCAGAGCCUCGCUGUCUGAUCUCGACAAUGAAGAGGCGAUAGAAAACCUCUCCGUCCGCCAGCUCAAAGAGAUUCUCGCCAGGAACUUUGUCAAUUACUCUGGCUGCUGCGAGAAGUGGGAGCUGCUGGAGCGAGUGCACCGACUCUACAGAGAAAACGAGCAGAACAGGAAAUCCAUGGAAAACGUGAGCAUAACUGCAGUGGUUGCAUAUCCUCCACCUCUCUGCAACAGUGGAGUUGGAGAUGGUGUCAAAGCUCAGCUGGCGGCAGACGAAAACCUGUGUCGCAUCUGCAUGGACGCCAUCAUUGACUGCGUGUUACUGGAAUGUGGCCACAUGGUGACCUGCACCAAAUGUGGCAAGAGGAUGAGCGAGUGCCCCAUCUGCAGGCAGUACGUAGUACGGGCCGUGCAUGUCUUCAAGUCUUAAAACUUUGUGUGUGCGUGUAAAGAGCGGCCCUCAGGCGUGCGCGUGGCCCUGAAUUUAUCACUGAGGAUGAACUGCUGUGCAUGACGUCUCACAGGGUCUAAUGCUGCAGCAGGCGUGAGCAACUUCCCGGUCUCUCAAACCAGACUGUUGCCUCUGGCCUACCAUGGUUUGCCCCUUACUAACUCAUAUCCCACUUCUCCUCCCCUGGUGGACCGUCGUCAGCUGCACCGGGACACUCACUCUUUCUCUCUUUGGUCUGUUAAACACACAGCGGAAACCCCUGCCAUCACUGUCUGCUCUCCGUUCUGUUUAGGUUCCACUCAUGGGAGAGAACAGGAGGGGUUGGUCGUGUGGAUACUUGAAGCUGGAUCGGCUUGGUGUUUGUGAAGAGAAACGGCUGAAUGAAAAAAUAUAAGAUUCCAGGGUUAGAGUCGAUAUGGUUUACACAGUCAUGCCACAUGACGCCGUGUUAUUUCCCUCAGUGUUCUUUAGGAUGUGCAAUAUCAGAUUUAAAAAAAAAACAACAGAUGUGUUCUUAGAAACGCCGAAACAUGCACCGAGUCGUCUCGUCUCGCACACAGAAGGAGUGUGUAGGGUGCCAAAAAUCAUGCCUUCAGUGGAUAUUAGGUUACAGCAUCUCAUUACCAGCAAGCUUGGUGUGACAGUUUACUCUGUUUAUUUUUUCUUCCCAUUUUCUCAAAUAAACUUAAGGAGAUAAAGUGUGUACAUCUAAACCAUUUGACACGUACUUACUGUGUGAAGGAUGUGAUUGUUCAUUUUCUCAUCUAAAAUGUCUUAUGUUAGCUACUUGGUUGCGCCACGUGCAGAUCCGGCUGCAUCUAUUAUGUGAAAGUUUAUUCUGACACCAAAACACCUGAACUCAAGGUCCACUUAGAAGCAUUUUUCUGGAGCUUUCAACCACAUUUCAGCCAGAUAGUUUGCUUGUCUGUCAUGGAGCUGGUUGAGCUACAACAAGAGACCCUCCUGCCUAAUAUUGUGCCACUAAAACAGAUGUGAGCCAUCGGAAAGGAACUCCUCUGAAGGUGUCCUGUCAUUUUAGAUACCAAGACGUUAGCAGAAGAUCCUUUAAAGCUGCUGUCCGGAGUUUGAAUCGCAGCGUCUCCCAAAACACUGUUGGUCCCACCCUCCCUCUGAUUUCGCCCCUUUAUUUGUGCACGCGCGCAGUACAUGAGAGAAGUGCCCGGAGUGCUGCAGCAUCUUGCCUGUUUUGCUGUUUUCCACUCUUCUACAUUUAGUAAAUAAUAAAGGAAUUACGUUAGAAUUCUGUAUUGAGUCUAACUUGUCCUAAUACCAAAAUAACAUGAAUCUGCUAGGACGAACGAGUAAAGUUUCAAUAUGUGAUUACACUCGUGUAUCCCUCUCGAUGACGUUGUUUAUCAAACUUAGUGCAUUUACGCGUGUAUAUGGGUUACAUUGUUUAUUUAUUUCUAUCUAGAGUUCAGAAUUGCAUGACUCCUCUGACGAAGAGUAUGUCCCAGAUGCCCCAACAUCUUCCUCCAGAGGAUGUUGGGGCUCGCGUCGCUCCCCGACCACGGCAUCUAAACGAAGCCGUCAGGCGGGCUAUGGAGGCCGUGGUCGGGGAGCGAUGCAAGCCCCCCGAGCCAAAAAACGUCCUGCAGUCUCUUGGCCUGACAAGCCGUGGGAUUGGUAACUUUUCUGGAAGUUGCUGAGCCCUGAUGCUCUCUCCUCCACAAGCAAAACAAAUGUGCGCGCGGUUGCGUAGUGCGUAGCUCGCCCACCUCUGCAUGGGCUUGCUUGCUGUGCACGUAACCGUUGAUUGACAGCAUGACAAAGCUGAAGCUCGAACUUGAUUGGUCGGCAGCAACCGGCGCUUUUUGGAAUAACAUGGGGGUCUAUGAGAGGAAGGCGGAGCUCAGGAAUAAAUUUUCAUAUUGCGUUAUACUAACUUUAUAUUAUAGUAUCGAACUAGACUAACACAUUUAAGCUUUGUUAAAAAAUGAUACAUUAAUUGAAAACAAACGGAAAGUCCGGACAGCAGCUUUAAGUCUUGGAAGUUGAGAUGGAGUCUCCAUGGAUUGGACUUGACAAAGAGGUCAAGUCAACACUUUGACCUCUUUGUAAAGUUACUCAAACCCUCAGUUACAUCUGGGGUUUUUGGGGUUUGCAACAAUGUUUGGGUAGAUGGCUCGUGUCAAACUAACACCCCCACAUCAAACCCAGGAACCAUGUCUUCCCAGCAUGACGUUGCCCAGAGCAUCACACUGCCUCUUCCCACAGUACGUCUUGUUACCAUCUUUUCUUGACCAUGCAAAAGACAGAGUCCAGGCCACUUUUCUUCAGCCCCAAACGUAGCAAGCUGCAAUGCACUGUGGGUUCUGACAAUGUCCUGUCUUAACGGUGUUGAGGUUUUCAGCAGUUUGUGCUACAGUAGCUCCUCUGUGGGUUGGAACCACACAGACCAACCUUCACUAAAGCUGUAUGAUAUGCAAAAAAACCUCAUGAGUCAUGAUCUUAGUGGGGAUAGUCAUUUUUGGAUUUCUUUUCUGCUCAAAUCAAAAGAAAAUGUGUGAUUUUUUUUUUUUUUUUUUUUUUUGCCGUUGCCAUCCAGUGCAUGUCUGUAGCACCACAACUCUUCAUUUAUGUGUUUUGGGGUUUUUUUGUAGAAUUUUACCUUCAUAAGAACUUACACUUGGCCAAAUUAAUAUUUCCAAUCACUGGUGAGCCAAACACUUAACACUGAGUCUUGAUUAUCCUGCAUGACCUGUUCGUUUGGAGAUGCUCUGACCCAGUUGGCUCUUGUUAAAGUCACUCAUAUCCUCAUACCUUUCCAUUUUUCUGCUUUCAACACACCACCUGUAAGGACAAACUACUCCCUUGCUCUCGUAUACAGGUUCAAUUAACGAGUACGACUUCAUUCAUCACUGGUUUUAAUAUCAUGGCUGAUGUGAACUGCCCAGAAGAUAAGAAAGCUUCAGUAAAAGCUACAAAGUGGACCUUGAGUUUGGAUAUUAUUUUAUUUAUCUUUCAAAGACCCAUUCUUCUUUAAUUUGGAAUAACUUCCACCAAGCAAUACCAUUGGAUUUUUCAAGUCUACCAUGUGUUUGACUGUGUUGUCCUUUAAUGUCAGAUCUUAGGUAACAGGUGCUACUUCCUCUCUUUUUGAGUGUAACAUCUCCGUCCUUUCCGUCACGUUGUCAAACACGUCCUUCCAAAUAUCCAUCACCCAGCGACGCGACAUGCAGAGGAAGCCGGAUUUACGUUAACCUGUUAUGCAAAUGACACACUUUCUUCUUGUCAUGAGAUCCAGUGAACUCAGAUGUCACUAAAAUAUCUGUGUACAGUAUGCCUGUGGUAUGUUUAAAAAAUAAUUGCUAUUGAAUCGCUGUUAAGUGAAUCGCAUAGAUAGCUUCUAUUGUUGUUUACUGAUAAGUUAUUAAAUGUAUAUUUUUCCAUUUUACUUGGGAGACAUGAUUUAAAAAUUCUAAUCAGUGCGAAGAAUAAAAAUAUACCGUUUUUUCAGAAUGUAUUUCUGCUGGUUUUGAGUUCCAUCAUGUCCCUCUCUCAACAUUAAAGUUGCGUCAGAGUCUUUGCUUUCUA